CACAAUUUUAUUUGCAACUUCUAUAUGAUAUUAAUUGAGUAGAUGAAUAUCACAUGUUCAAUUUGGGUCUCACAGGGACAAAGCUUGGCUGUGGAGAAGGUGGUUGUGGGGCUUGCACUGUCAUGGUUUCUCAUUAUGACAGAAGGCUGAAGAAAUGUGUACAUUAUGCUGUAAAUGCUUGCUUGGCUCCUCUUUAUUCAUUAGAAGGAACGCAUGUGAUUACUGUAGAGGGAGUUGGGACCUGCAGACGGGGCCUGCAUCCUGUACAGGAAUCAUUGGCAGGCGCUCAUGGCUCCCAAUGUGGAUUUUGUACGCCUGGAUUUAUCAUGUCAUUAUAUGCUCUAUUAAGGUCAAGUCAAAUGCCUCCUACUGAAGAGCAAAUUGAAGAAUCUCUUGCUGGAAAUUUAUGUCGCUGCACUGGUUACCGAGCAAUUGUUGACGCAUUUCGAGUUUUUGCCAAAACUAAUGAUGCGUUGUAUGCUGAUAUAUCUACGCUUAGCCCUCAGGAUGGUGAGUCUAUUUGUCCUUCAACAGGUAAGCCCUGUUCAUGUGGAUCAAAAACUGUAAAUAGCUUGGAAACCAACAGAGAAAGCAUGGCAUGCAGAACAAAGUAUAAGCCUGUCUCUUACAGUGAGAUAGAUGGAAGCAGAUACACAGAAAAAGAGCUUAUUUUUCCUCCUGAGCUUGUACUAAGGAAAGUAACUCCUUUAUCUUUGAAUGGAUUUGGAGGGCUUAAAUGGUAUCGUCCCUUGAGGCUUCAACAUGUGCUUGAGUUGAAAGCAAAAUACCCGUAUGCAAAACUUUUGAUAGGUAAUACUGAGGUUGGAAUAGAGAUGAGGUUAAAGAGAAUCCAAUAUCAAGUUUUGAUCUCAGUUGCACAUGUUCCUGAACUCAACGAGUUAAAUGUCAAAGAUGAUGGCAUUGAGAUAGGUGCUUCAGUAAGACUGACUGAACUCCUGAAUUUAUUAAGACAGGUUGUAACUCAGCGUUCUGCUCAUGAAACAUCAGGCUGCAAAGCCUUCAUUGAACAAUUAAAAUGGUUUGCUGGGACUCAGAUAAAAAAUGUUGGAUCUGUUGGAGGGAAUAUAUGUACUGCUAGUCCAAUUUCGGACUUGAACCCUCUCUGGAUGGCUGCAAGAGCAAAAUUUAGAAUCAUUAAUUGCAAAGGAAACAUUAGGACAACUAUGGCAGAAGAUUUCUUUCUUGGGUAUCGUAAAGUGGAUUUGGCUGGUGAUGAAAUUUUAUUAUCUGUAUUCCUACCAUGGACCCGGCCUUUUGAAUACAUUAAAGAAUUUAAGCAGGCUCAUCGGAGGGAUGAUGACAUUGCCCUUGUGAAUGCUGGAAUGCGGGUCCAUCUUGAAGAAAAAGGUGAAGAGUGGAUUGUUUCAGAUGCGUCAAUUGUUUAUGGUGGGGUGGCAGCUCUCUCUCUGUGUGCAAGGAAAACCAGAGACUUUCUUAUUGGAAAGAGCUGGAACUGUGAUCUGCUGCAGUGUGCUUUGAACGUCAUACAAAUGGAUGUUUCGCUCAAGGAAGAUGCCCCUGGUGGGAUGGUGGAGUUCCGGAAAUCUUUGACCCUUAGCUUUUUCUUUAAAUUUUUCCUUUGGGUUUCUCUACAAAUAGAUGGGAAGAAUUCUAUUAAAGAAAGUUUACCAUUAUCCCAUUUGUCUGCUAUAAAGUCAUUCCACCGUCCAUCACUUGAAGCAAGUCAGGACUAUGAGAUUGUGAAACAUGGGACAUCUGUUGGCACACCAGAGGUUCAUCUCUCCGCAAAGCUUCAGGUUACAGGGGAGGCUGAGUACACGGAUGACAUACCAAUGCCUCCAAAUGGUUUGCAUGCAGCUUUAAUUUUGAGCAGAAAACCCCAUGCUCGAAUACUAUCAAUAGAUGAUUCAGCAGCCAGGUCUUCACCUGGGUUUGCUGGAACUUUUUUGGCCAAAGAUGUGCCGGGUGAUAAUCACAUUGGACCAGUUGUUGCAGAUGAGGAACUGUAUGCUUCAGAAUUGGUCACUUGUGUGGGUCAGGUUAUAGGAGUGGUGGUGGCUGAUACACAUGAGAAUGCAAAACUAGCAGCGAGGAAAGUUCAUGUUGAGUAUGAAGAGCUCCCAGCAGUCCUAUCAAUAAAGGAAGCAAUUGCUGCUAACAGUUAUCAUCCUAACUCAGAAAAGUGUUUGAGAAAAGGAGAUGUGGAUCUCUGCUUUCAAUCAGGCCAAUGUGACAAAAUAAUAGAGGGGGAAGUUCGAGUUGGUGGCCAGGAGCAUUUUUACUUGGAGCCACAGAGCAGCUUGGUUUGGACCAUGGAUGGUGGCAAUGAAGUGCACAUGAUUUCUUCCACUCAAGCCCCUCAGAAGCACCAGAAGGAGGUUGCACAUGUUCUUGGUCUUCGAAUGUCAAGAGUAGUUUGCAAAAUCAAACGAAUUGGUGGUGGAUUUGGUGGGAAGGAGACUAGAUCAGCUUUUCUUGCUGCUGCUGCUUCUGUCCCAUCUUAUUUAUUGAAUAGGCCAGUAAAACUCACAUUAGACAGAGAUGUUGACAUGAUGAUAACUGGGCAGCGCCAUAGCUUUCUUGGAAAGUACAAGGUUGGAUUUACAAAUGAGGGAAAGGUGCUUGCCUUGGACCUCCAACUCUACAAUAAUGCUGGGAAUUCACUAGACCUAUCUCUCGCUAUCCUUGAGCGUGCUAUGUUUCAUUCAGAUAAUGUCUAUGAGAUACCAAAUAUCAAAAUUCAAGGAAAGGUUUGCUUCACUAAUUUUCCUAGUAACACUGCAUUUCGAGGUUUUGGUGGUCCUCAAGGUAUGCUUAUUGCGGAAAAUUGGAUUCAAAGGAUUGCUUUGGAAAUUAAGAAGAGUCCAGAAGAAAUAAGGGAAAUUAAUUUUCAAGGCGAAGGAUCAGUAUUGCAUUAUGGUCAGCAAUUGCAGCACUGUACCCUCACUCAACUGUGGAAUGAACUAAAAUGUUCUUGUGACUUUUCAAAGGUUCGAGAAGAAGCUGAUAACUUUAAUCACCAAAAUAGGUGGAAGAAACGUGGUGUUGCUAUGGUUCCUACAAAAUUUGGCAUAUCCUUUACCACUAAAUUCAUGAACCAGGCUGGUGCUCUUGUUCAUGUCUACACAGAUGGAACUGUUUUGGUUACACAUGGAGGUGUUGAGAUGGGGCAAGGUUUACAUACAAAAGUCGCUCAAGUUGCUGCUUCUGCCUUCAAUAUCCCUCUUAGCUCUGUCUUUAUAUCAGAGACAAGUACUGACAAGGUUCCUAAUUCUUCUCCAACAGCUGCUUCAGCAAGUUCUGAUAUGUAUGGAGCUGCAGUUUUGGACGCAUGUGAGCAGAUAAAGGCACGCAUGGAGCCUAUUGCUUCUUGUCAUAAUUAUAGCUCCUUUGCAGAGCUGGCUAAAGCAUGCCACAUGCAGCGAAUAGACCUUUCUGCUCAAGGAUUUUACAUUACACCUGAGAUUGGCUUUGAUUGGACAACUGGUAAAGGAAUUCCGUUCAGGUAUUUUACAUACGGUGCUGCAUUUGCUGAGGUCGAAAUUGACACAUUGACUGGAGAUUUUCACACAAGAACAGCAAAUGUUAUCUUGGAUCUUGGAUAUUCGCUGAAUCCAGCACUUGAUGUUGGUCAGAUUGAAGGAGCAUUUAUUCAAGGUCUGGGUUGGGUUGCAUUGGAAGAACUGAAGUGGGGGGAUGCAGCUCAUAAGUGGAUUCCACCUGGUUGUUUGUACACAUGUGGGCCUGGAAGUUACAAAAUUCCUACAAUAAAUGAUGUCCCCUUCAAGUUCAACGUUUCACUUCUGAAGGGUCAUCCAAAUGUAAAAGCCAUUCACUCAUCCAAAGCAGUUGGGGAACCACCAUUUUUUCUGGCUUCAUCAGUGUUUUUCGCCAUCAAAGAUGCCAUUGUAGCUGCUAGAAAAGACGCUGGGCACGAGGGAUGGUUCCCCCUUGACAAUCCUGCAACACCCGAACGCAUCAGGAUGGCUUGCUUGGAUGAAUUUACAGCACCAUUUUUAAGCUCUGAUUUCCUUCCAAAGCUUAGCGUCUGAUCUCCAGACUGUAAGAAUACAUUUGUACCUUUAUAGGAAUAAAGACUUCAAUAAAGUCUGAUUUCAUCAUCAGACAAUGAAACAGAAACAGAAACAGAAACAGAAACAAAAACAGAACUUGUACAUAUCUGAUAUAGUGCCAGAGCACAUAUCUUCAUGAACAUGAAGAUCAUGCCCAUGUUAUUUGAGUGAUAGUGUUUCCUAAAAAAUCCUUAACUAGUUC